CACGCAAUCGAGUAAACAGCGAAGGCUCUCGGAUUUGAGUAACUAAAAAGUUCUUCCAAACUGUGACCAGAUUCUUUCAGGAUGUCAUUCCGUAACACUGGAGGAGCUCGUUGGCAUGGUUACCAGGCCCAGGGUAACCAGCAGCCAGAUCUGAGCCAGUCUAAGGCGGUGUCGAUCAGCGAACAAGAGCGUCUUAUUGAGCAAAAGAAACAAGAGAUUCAAAGAAAAAUGGCAGAAAAGAAGAAACAGAAGGCUGAAGAGGCAGCCAAGGCUGGCACUACCAAGAAAACUUCAACAGGAAGCAUAAAAUUCAACAUUGGGCAACCUAAACCUCCGGCUGCUGCACAACGUCCCCCAGCACCAGCUGUUCAAUCACCAGCACCUCCGCCACGACCGGCAGCACCGCCCAGCGCCCCCGCGCCUGUACGCAAUAUUUUCUCCAAUGACGGCAGUUUCUUGGAGCAGUUCCGCAAGAUGCAAGAGCAGAGUGCAGGACAAACUAGAGGAUCCAGUAUUUCUAGUGCACCAAUGCUAAACCAAACUCUAGAUCUAAAGGAUAUCCCACUGCCAGAUUCCCCGCAUCCAGCACCGGAUACUUCUCCGCCCCCUUCCACAUUGUAUGCCCCAACCUCAGCCCAGCCUAUAGCCUUCAGCGCAGCACCUACUCAAGCUCGCAAGAUGCCGUUACCGGUGCCCAAACCAAGUGCCUUCAGAGAUUCAGAUGAGGAAGAGGAAGAAGGGCUUAAUGCAAUCUUACCGCCAGAAGAUCCUGAACUAUUGCAAGCCAUCAACAUACUGGCUGAAGAGGUUGCAGAGGGAGGACUGACAGUUGAAGAGACAGCCAAGAAGAAGCACAAACGUGAUCCUAUGUUUGAGUUCCUGUUUGACAGUGACAGUCUUGAUCAUAAGUACUACCAGAAGAGACUUGUUGAGCUGAGACUAGCUAAGAAGAUACGCUUUGUUCAGGAAAUGAGAAAAUCAGCCGGAGCCACGAGCCAGUCGCAGGGACGCAAACGUAAAAGUCGUUGGAUAGACAGCGGACCCGGAGAGAGUCCAGCAAUCCCUCCUCCGAAGAUCACCAUCAUCGCUCCGAGCUCCGUCGGCGGAGGGGCAACACCAUCCAAGCUCCCUGGGGUAGCUGGGGUAGGGGGUACAGGGACCGGACUAGAGGGGGUCGAGGAUAAUGAUUGGGGGUUUGGGGCAAGUGGAGGGACGUCGACAUCGAGCCUUGGGAGUGGAGUUAAUUCCUUUGGGAUGAUCGGAACGACUGAGCUGAGUGCGGCACAGCUGAAGCAACUGAAGGAGCAACAAGAGAUGCAACGGAUGGUAGACUCCAUGGUAAAAUACCACAACAAGAUUGCGUCAACCGCGCCGAGACAGGAAACCACAGAGGGCAGCACGAAGAAGAAGAAUAAGUAUGCGUAUGACAGUGAUGAAGACACACAUGGCGGAACGUGGGAGCAUAAACAGCGUACACAAGAAAUGACGGAAACCAGAGAGCGGGCAGAGAUUUUGACUCAGAUGGGACGUGGCAAGCACCAUCUUGGUGACUUCCUCCCUCCAGAUGAACUAGAGAAAUUCCUUGAGACGCUUGAAGCAUUGAAAGAAGGCAGGACCCCAGACUUCUCCGACUACCAGAAGUUCAAGAUUCAAGCUGAUAACAUUGGUUAUCAGAUGUUGAAGAAGCUUGGAUGGGAGGAAGGCCAGGGACUUGGUACCGAGGGGCAAGGUAUCACAACACCUGUCAAUAAAGGCAGUGCAUCUACUUCAACGACAGGCCUGGGCAUCGACAAAGCUUCCAAUCUCACACAGGAAGAUGCAGAGGACGAGUUCUCAGCAUAUCGCAAGAGGAUGAUGCUUGCUUAUAGAUUCAGACCAAACCCACUGAACAACCCCAGAAGACCGUACUACUGAAGGAAAAGGAAUAUUAGUGACAAGUGGAUAUCAGUCAAUAACAUACAGGUUGUACAAAUGGACUAAUGUAAGAUAAAUCACUCCUUUGAAUUGUGUAUCACACCUUUUUUAUUUCAAGACAAUUCAUUUAUAAGUGUAAUCAUCACGUUAUUUCUAGGCAUGGCUAGUAAUAUUGUAAAGUUUUGAAAAAAUGUUAUCCACUAAAAUUUUCUGGAAAAUCAUUUUUUUAUUAUUUGUAUUCAAAUGUAGAUGGUAUGUUAAAAUGGGAAACCUUGUAAAAUAUCACCUCCAUACAUGACCUUUGCUUUGGAAAUCUUGGUUGAUUUGGCGGUCAUUUGUGGCCCCAAAGGGUAUUUGAUACCAGUCACUUGCGGCCAUGUGGUCUCUUGAAGGGAAGGUAUGCUUUUGGUAAUCAUUCUUAAAAUUAAUGGCAACAAAAAAACGUUUGGUUAGAAGCCUACAGCAGCUUUCACCAGAAUAAAGCAUU